CUAAUGUGGUUGAAAUAUCUACUAGUACAGAACCAGAGAUAACCAACCGAACGUGAGAGAAGAAAUAACAGAAAGCGAGAGGGAGUGACAUUGAUCGGUUCAAUGGCGGACAUAGCUAUUUUAGUGGCGGAGGAGUACGAGCGGAGGGUGAGACAGACGGCUGAUUCUAGGUCGGCGUCGUUGGAAUUUGAUUGGUGGAAAAAUGUUCCGGCGAAGAUGACAAUAGGAGACAACGAGGAGAAGAUAGAGAGUUUUAUGAAGAAGUUUGAUGCUAAAUCUCAGUUUGCUCUCGCCAUCUCCCAUGGCUUCUUCUCUGCUUGAUACACACUUUGUUCAUAAUCUGAUUUCGUUUCAUAAUCUAUCUGCUUUGUUGUUUUUUUCUUAUGAUUUGGGAGUUUAUGUAAAAAAAGUGAAUAUCUGAAUUAAUCAAAUGGAUAUCUCUUUGACAUUUGUCUUUUCCGUCACUGAAAGUGAAAGAUAAAAUAAAUAUCAGGGACCUACGUGGCAAACAAUUAUAAAACU